CACACCAUUUGCAUUUUAGGCUCUCCUCCUUGAUACAAGAUGCCUGGAGACAUAUCCAUAUUUGGAACUUAGUCAUGUUUAUAAAGAGAGUGCAGUACCAGUCUACUACAGGUCCUGAUCCCAGCCAAAGCCUCGGCCACUGUCCACCAACUGCUACAGCAUCAAGUGCUCGUGGAAUUCAAGAGAUCACAAUGGGUGAUGCGUUAAUGGCAGAAUUUGGAAAAGCAGCUCUUUACCUGAGGAAGUCGGACAAAGAACGACUUGAAGCUCAAACUAGACCUUUUGACAUCAAAACUGAAUGUUUUGCUGUGGAUGAAAAAGUGGAAUAUGUCAAAGGACAAAUAAUCAGCAAGGAAGAAGGAAAGGUCACUGUGAAGACAGAGGAUGGAAGGACGGUAACUGUUAAAGAGUCAGAUGUUCAUCCUCAGAACCCACCUAAAUUUGAUAAAAUCGAAGAUAUGGCAAUGUUCACUUUUCUGCAUGAGCCUGCAGUGCUGUUUAACCUCAAAGAGCGAUAUGCAGCAUGGAUGAUUUAUACCUACUCAGGUCUGUUUUGUGUAACAGUCAACCCUUAUAAAUGGCUUCCUGUGUAUGAUGCAGAAGUAGUUUCUGCCUACCGUGGUAAGAAAAGAUCUGAAGCUCCUCCUCAUAUCUUUUCCAUCUCUGAUAAUGCUUAUCAAUACAUGCUCACAGACAGGGAAAAUCAGUCCAUCCUCAUCACUGGAGAAUCCGGUGCUGGAAAGACUGUUAACACCAAGAGAGUAAUCCAGUAUUUUGCAAGUAUUGCAGCUGCUGGUGGAGCCAGUGGGGGUAAGAAGGAUUCUAACAAAGGGACACUGGAAGAUCAAAUCAUCCAGGCCAACCCUGCACUAGAGGCUUUUGGCAAUGCGAAAACAAUGAGAAAUGACAACUCGUCUCGCUUUGGAAAGUUCAUCCGUAUUCAUUUUGGAACAAGUGGUAAACUUUCUUCAGCUGACAUUGAAACAUACCUGCUGGAAAAAUCACGAGUGACCUUUCAGCUGAAGGCAGAAAGGAACUAUCACAUUUUUUACCAGAUAUUGACCAAUGCAAAGCCUGAGCUGCUGGACUUGCUGCUAAUUACAAAUAAUCCGUAUGAUUACCCUUACAUCUCCCAAGGAGAAGUAAGCGUCCCCUCCAUCAAUGAUAGCGAGGAGUUAAUGGCCACUGACAAUGCCUUUGACGUGCUUGGCUUUACCCCAGAUGAGAAAAUGGGAGUCUAUAAACUGACAGGAGCCAUCAUGCAUCAUGGCAAUUUGAAAUUUAAACAAAAGCAGAGAGAAGAACAGGCCGAACCAGAUGGUACAGAAGCUGCUGACAAGUCAGCCUACCUAAUGGGGCUGAACUCUGCUGAUCUCCUGAAAGGACUCUGUCAUCCAAGGGUUAAGGUAGGCAAUGAAUAUGUCACAAAAGGUCAAGGUGUGGAUCAAGUAUACUACUCAAUUGGUGCACUGGCAAAGUCAGUGUAUGAAAAGAUGUUCAGCUGGAUGGUCGUUAGAAUCAACCAGUCCUUAGACACAAAGCAGCAUCGACAAUAUUUUAUCGGUGUGUUGGAUAUAGCUGGAUUUGAAAUCUUUGAUUUUAACACAUUCGAGCAGCUCUGCAUUAAUUUCACAAAUGAAAAACUGCAACAGUUUUUUAAUCACCACAUGUUUGUGUUGGAGCAAGAGGAGUACAAAAAGGAAGGAAUAGACUGGGAAUUCAUUGACUUUGGAAUGGACUUGCAAGCCUGCAUUGAUCUGAUUGAAAAACCGCUUGGAAUCAUGUCUAUUCUUGAGGAAGAGUGCAUGUUUCCAAAGGCAAGUGACCAGACCUUUAAGGCAAAGCUUUAUGAUAACCACUUGGGCAAAUCAAGCAUGUUCCAGAAACCACGUGUUGUCAAAGGCAAGGCAGAAGCUCACUUUGCACUGGUUCACUAUGCCGGCACUGUCGAUUACAAUAUUAGUGGGUGGCUUGUUAAAAACAAGGAUCCACUGAAUGAAACAGUGGUUGGGCUGUAUCAGAAAUCAUCUCUUAAGCUUCUAAGCCAUCUUUUUUCCAGCUAUUCAGCUGAAGCAGGUGGAAAAGGAGGUAAAAAGAAGGGGUCAUCGUUUCAGACCGUAUCUGCCCUGCACAGAGAAAAUCUCAACAAACUAAUGACCAAUCUUAAAACUACUCAUCCACAUUUUGUUCGCUGUUUAAUUCCCAAUGAGACCAAGACUCCUGGAGUUAUGGACAACUGCCUUGUGAUGCAUCAGCUUCGCUGCAACGGUGUAUUGGAGGGUAUCAGAAUUUGCAGGAAAGGUUUUCCUAACAGAGUACUCUAUGGUGAUUUCAAACAGAGGUACAGAAUUCUAAAUGCAUCCGCUAUUCCGGAAGGCCAGUUUGUUGAAAACAAAAAGAGCGCUGAGAAGCUACUGGGAUCACUUGACAUUGACCAUACACAGUACAAGUUUGGUCACACAAAAGUCUUCUUCAAAGCUGGUCUUCUGGGUUUGCUGGAAGAAAUGAGGGAUGAGCAACUUGCCCGAAUCAUCACCAGGAUACAAGCUAAUGCUCGAGCUUUGUUAAUGAGAGCAGAAUAUCAGAAAAUUGUGGAACGCAGAGAUGCACUAAUGGUCAUUCAGUGGAACCUUCGCUCCUUCCUAAGUGUGAAAAACUGGCCUUGGAUGAAAAUGUUCUUUAAAAUUAAGCCUCUUCUUAGGAGUGCUGAGGCUGAGAAAGAGAUGGCAAAUAUGAAAGAUGAAUUCAAUAAAAUAAAAGAGGCUCUUGAUAAAUCUGAAACCCGAAGAAAAGAGUUAGAGGAGAAAAUGGUCACACUUCUGCAAGAAAAAAAUGAUUUACUUCUACAAUUGCAGUCAGAACAAGAUACACUGACAGAUGCUGAAGAGCGCUGUGAACAGUUGAUAAAGAGCAAAAUCCAACUGGAAGCUAAAGUGAAAGAGAUGACCGAGCGGAUAGAAGAUGAAGAAGAAAUAAAUGCUGAACUCACAGCCAAAAAACGUAAACUAGAAGACGAAUGCUCAGAACUAAAGAAAGAUAUUGAUGACCUUGAGCUAACUCUAGCCAAGGUUGAGAAAGAGAAACAUGCAACUGAGAAUAAAGUGAAGAACCUCACUGAGGAAAUGGCUUCCCAAGAUGAGAUUAUAAUGAAACUCACAAAAGAGAAAAAAGCUCUACAGGAGACUCAGCAGCAGACACUAGAUGACCUUCAGAGUGAAGAAGAUAAAACAAACACAUUGACAAAAGCUAAAGCUAAGCUUGAGCAGCAGGUGGAUGACCUUGAAGGGACCCUAGAACACGAAAAAAAGGUCAGGAUGGAUCUUGAACGUGCCAAAAGAAAGUUGGAGGGAGACCUCAAAUUGGUUCAAGAGAAUAUAAUGGACUUAGAGAAUGACAAGCAGCAGCAGGAAGAGAAACUGAAGAAGAAAGAUUUUGAAAUUAUUCAACUGAAUGGAAAGAUUGAGAAUGAGCAAUUAGUCGUAGUGCAACUGCAAAAAAAAUUAAAAGAAAACCAAGCUCGUAUAGAGGAACUGGAGGAAGAGCUGGAUGCUGAGCGUGCAGCUCGAGCAAAGGUAGAAAAACAGCGGUGCGAUCUCUCCCGUGAGUUGGAAGAUAUUAGUGAACGGCUUGAGGAGGCAGGUGGAGCCACAUCUGCUCAAGUAGAGCUCAACAAGAAAAGAGAAGCGGAGUUUCAGAAGUUACGCAGAGAUCUUGAGGAAUCUACACUACACCACGAAGCCACUUCUGCUGCCCUCAGGAAAAAACAUGCUGACAGCGUGGCUGAACUUGGUGAACAAAUUGACAAUCUCCAACGAGUCAAGCAAAAGUUAGAGAAAGAAAAGACAGAGCUGAAGUUGGAAAUGGAUGACUUGGCCUCAAACAUGGAGUGUAUUGUUAAAGGCAAGGUAAAUCUUGAAAAGAUGUGCCGUUCGUUCGAGGAUCAGAUGCAUGAGCAUAGGUCCAAGGCCGAGGAGGCUCAGAGGAGUCUUAAUGACUUCUCAGCACAAAGAGCCAAGUUGCUAACUGAAAAUGGGGAACUUGGGAGGCAGCUGGAGGAAAAAGAAUGUCUGGUCUCUCAACUCACCAGAGGAAAAAGUUCCUACACACAACAAUUAGAAGAUCUGAGAAGGCAGCUUGAAGAAGAAGUCAAAGCAAAGAAUGCACUUGCUCAUGCAGUGCAGUCUUCUCGACAUGACUGUGAUUUGCUGAGAGAGCAGCUUGAAGAGGAGCAGGAAGCUAAAGCGGAGCUUCAAAGGGCAAUGUCCAAGGCAAAUGCUGAAGUUGCAACAUGGAGGGCUAAGUAUGAGACAGAUGGCAUUCAGAGAACAGAGGAACUAGAAGAGGCCAAGAAAAAACUUGUUCAACGGCUACAAGAGGCAGAGGAGGCAGUAGAAGCAGUUAAUGCAAAGUGCUCGUCUCUUGAAAAAACUAAACAUCGUCUGCAAAAUGAGAUUGAAGAUCUUAUGCUUGAUCUUGAACGCUCAAAUGCCGCAUCUGCUGCUCUGGACAAGAAACAGAGAUCCUUUGAUAAGGUCAUAGCAGAGUGGAAGCAGAAGCAUGAAGAGUCACAGUGUGAGCUGGAAGCAUCACAGAAAGAAGCACGAAACCUGAGUACUGAACUCUUCAAACUCAAAAAUGCUUAUGAAGAAACUCUUGAUCAACUUGAAACUAUCAAAAGGGAGAACAAAAAUCUGCAAGAAGAAAUAUCAGACCUUACAGAUCAGCUUGGUGAAGGAGGCAAGAGUGUUCAUGAGCUGGAGAAACUUAGGAAACAACUAGAACAAGAAAAAGCAGAGCUGCAGUCUGCACUGGAGGAAGCUGAGGCCUCUGUAGAACACGAGGAAGGCAAAAUCUUACGUGCCCAACUCGAGUUCAAUCAGGUAAAAGCAGACAUUGAAAGAAAGUUGUCAGAGAAGGAUGAAGAGAUGGAGCAGGCAAAAAGGAACUACCAACGAAUGGUGGAAACUUUACAAAGUUCUCUGGAGGCAGAAACAAGAAGCCGUAAUGAAGCUUUAAGAGUCAAGAAAAAAAUGGAGGGAGACUUAAAUGAGAUGGAAAUUCAGCUAAGUCAAGCCAACAGACAGGCAGCUGAUGCACAGAAACAAUUGAAGAUGGUCCAAUCAUAUUUGAAGGACACUCAGCUUCAACUGGAUGAUUCUGCUCAUUGUAAUGAAGAGCUCAAAGAGAAUAGUGCCCUGUUAGAACGUAGAAAUAACCUCAUUCAAGCAGAACUUGAGGAGCUAAGAGCAAUGUUGGAACAAACUGAGAGGGGGCGUAAACUGGCAGAGCAAGAGCUUACCGAUGCAACAGAGAGGAUGCAAUUACUGCAUUCUCAAAACACCAGCCUGAUCAACCAAAAGAAGAAGCAUGAGAGUGAUUUGCUACAGCUACAGAGUGAGAUGGAAGAAAUGGUACAAGAAAACCGCAACGCUGAGGAGAAAGCAAAAAAGGCAAUUACCGAUGCGGCUAUGAUGGCAGAAGAACUAAAGAAAGAGCAGGACACCAGCGCUCAUCUUGAGAGAAUGAAAAAAAACAUGGAGCAAACGAUCAAAGACUUGCAGCACCGACUGGAUGAAGCCGAACAAAUAGCUAUGAAGGGUGGAAAAAAACAGCUUCAAAAACUGGAAGCUCGCAUUCGUGAACUUGAAAAUGAAUUGGAAGCAGAACAAAAAAGAGGUACAGAAACUAUUAAGGGGGUUCGGAAGUAUGAACGCCGUAUCAAGGAGCUCACUUAUCAAACCGAAGAAGAUCGUAAGAAUAUGGCAAGACUCCAAGAUUUGGUUGACAAGCUACAGCUCAAAGUGAAGUCCUACAAGCGUUCGGCUGAAGAGGCGGAAGAACAAGCUAAUUCUAACUUGGCCAAGUUAAGAAAACUACAGCAUGAGCUUGAAGAGGCAGAGGAGCGUGCAGAUAUUGCUGAAUCCCAGGUCAAUAAGCUACGUGCAAAAACUAGGGAUGGUGUGCCUGGCAAAAAAUCCCAGGAUGAGUAGCAGCAACACCUGAAAACCUGGAGAUUGGUUUAAAAAAUGUUCAAUAGAUUAUAAACAUUUUGAUUGUCAUAUUUGAUAACAAUAUAACAUUAACAACCAUUUAAUAUUUGUUACAAAUUUGUUUUUCAAAAACUGUAUGCGUUUUGGGCUAAGACAUUAAGUAAUUUAAUUCAAAUCGAGCAAUGAGUUGAUAUUUAUUGCAUUGCUAAUAACAAAAAUAAUUAAAAAAAAAAUUGGAUGAAAAAAGUCAUUAAAAUGCUACCAGUUUAGUUUAUUGCAUUGCU